AUGAGGAGAGGCCAGAACAUGCUGAACAUCGUCUCCAGCCUGCUCAGGAUUGCAGUGAUCGCUUGUGUCCUCGGAGCAUACGUGCCUCUGGCCCAAAUGGACUGGAGCAUAGUGACCUCCAUCCCAAGCCCUCUGCUCGUCAUCCCUGUUAUAGUUUACUAUCAAGACUACAGAAUCAACUUCAAUGGGCCUGAAAGUGUCAGUUUCACACAGUACUGCAGCACAGCUGUGGACGGCAGGAACAGAAACCUGGACGGCAGUGUGUUCCCGGAGCUGGUUCUGGAUGUCACACACACUCUGUGCUUCCUGGACAUGUCCAGGGCAACUGACAUCGGCUUACUCACAGACUGGACAGGUUCAGGCCAACGCGGAAACGGAAACAGUGAUGUGAAUUUUGAAGCCCAUGUCUACUUUGACGAUGCUUUCAAUGAUGUUCGCGGGAGUCGCGGGCGGCACGUCAAUGAAUAUGCAGAGAUGCUCGUAGGAAUCAUCCAAGAGGUGUACAGCAUCUUUAUGAACAUGGACAAAACCUUCUUCCAAAAGCAGCAGCAGGUUCCUGAUCAGCAGGUUGUGCGGACGCCGUACGGAGGGCGUUUGGUGGUCACCAUGCCACAUGGGAACAGCCUGACUGUACACUUCAAGGACAAACAACUCAUCCGCCAAAAAAGAUGGUCACAGGUCAUGUACUUGUACUACCUCCUCGGCUACAAAGUUGCAGCCAAUAUGAAAGAACCUAAGAUGACAACAAACAAACAAAAUUGGAACCCUUGUCUGCUUCUGCAGAAAGAGAAACACAACACCUACCUCCUGGCUUUAGACGGCACAGACUUCCAGCCAGCUGCUGUCAUGUUACUUGUUGACCGGCUGAAACUGUAUUCAAAAGUUGGCGCCUGUGGGAGGAUUCAUCCCACCGGAUCAGGCCCCUUGGUUUGGUACCAGAAGUUUGAGUAUGCGGUGGGUCACUGGCUGCACAAAACAGCGGAGCAUGUGAUCGGCUGCGUGCUCUGCAGCCCGGGAUGCUUCAGCCUGUUCAGAGCAUCGGCACUGAUGGAUGACAACGUGAUGAAGAAAUACACCAUCAAAGCCUCAAAGGCUCAGCAUUACAUCCAGUACGAUCAAGGAGAAGACCGGUGGCUGUGCACUCUGCUGCUGAAGCAGGGCUGGAGGGUCGAGUAUAACGCCGCCUCUGAUGCUUACACCAACGCACCUGAAGAAUUUAAGGAGUUUUAUAACCAGCGGCGUCGAUGGGGUCCAUCAACUAUGGCCAACAUUGCAGACUUGCUGGGCUCCAGCAUGAUCACCAAAAGGAACGAGUCCAUGUCCAAACCCUACAUGAUCUACCAGCUCCUCACCCUGGCUGCGUCCGUACUGUCUCCCUCCACUGUCAUCCUCAUGAUCACAGGAUGUUUGACUGUGCUGCUCGACAUCCAUCCCAACGGAGCUCUGAUCCUGGCUGUGAUACCGCCGGCCAUCUUCCUUGGUGUCAGCUUUAAAAUCAAGUCAGACACUCAGAUCCGUAUUGCAGCUGUUAUGAGCUGCUUGUACGCCUUCCUCAUGUUGAUAGCGGCACUUGUGAUCAUAGGCCUCAUGGUACAGGACCAGACCAUCUUGACUCCCAGCAGCAUCUUCAUCAUCACUCUUGCCUGUUUUUACUUUGUCACUGCGCUCCUGCAUCCUCAAGAGGUUUACGUGGUGAUCUAUGGCUUGCUUUACAUCAUCUGCAUCCCCAGCGCCUAUCUACUGCUGGCUAUUUACUCCAUGGUCAACAUGAACAAUGUUUCCUGGGGCACCAGGGAGACAGCGCCGGCUGCUGGAGCUGCUGGAGCUGCUGGAGCAGCUGCGCCUCCACAGAGUAGUUUUCAAAAAGCCAGAAGCGCAGUUGCACAGUUCUGUUCAUCGACCAAGUGCUGCAGAAAACUGUGUCGGAGAGGAAGUACAUCUGAGUCCAUAAUGAGCGAGGAGGACCACCCUGAAACUGCAGGACAGAACUCAGUGGUUGAUGAAGUGAAGAUGCCUGAGCCAGUGCAGAGGCCAGAGGAGCCUGUUUACGAUUGUCCCAACCAGUGUUGGGUGACUCAGCUUCAGAGUGUGUCGCAAAACAUGCGCCUGCAAGAGGACACCCUCAAUCCGGAUGAGAGGCAGUUCUUCAUAGAGCUGAUCGCGCAGUACCUGGAGCCGCUGUCUAUCAGCUUUGUCUACUUUAUAUGCAACGCCUUCUGGCUCUUAACGACCUUCGUCCUGCAGCUGCUGGACUUCAUCUUCAUCCAGGUGCCAAAGCUGGACAGCAACCUGCAGUUCACCGGAGAGUACAUAUACAUCGAACCAGUGGGCUUCAUGUUCAUUUUUGCUUUUGCCUUGCUGGUUCUCAUUCAGUUCAUCACCAUGCUGUACCCAGGUGAAAAAAUGUUUCUGCAUCGCAGUGCGUAA